AUGGCGAAGGUGGAUACCUCCUCUAGCAGACCCUAUCACAUUGUUAUUUUCGGGGCUUCGGGUUUCACCGGGCAGUUCGUGGUUGAAGAGGUGGCCAGGAUCGUGUCGGAGGGCCCGAACGGGACGCUGAAAUGGGCUGUGGCCGGGAGAAGCAGACAGAAACUGGACAAAGUUCUAGAGCAGGCCGCCGGAGCCCUCGGUACGUACUGGCUUCAUUGACAGAUAACCUUAGCAAACUAGCUAAUACAGUUUGUUACAUAUUGAAUUUGUUAACGCUGGAUAUAUAUGUCGAGCCAGAGAGAAUAUUUGGUCUAGUUAGCUGACUGACACCAUUGUGUAUUGUAAUUGGAUUUCACAGAGGGAUUCAAGAAAGUUAGCUAGCUGGGUGUCACACACUGUAUCUACAAUGAGUUUACUGUGUCGUGCCAGCCAGCAAACUCACCUGAUCUAACUUGGAACAAGGAGUCACUGUAUCAGUUAUCAUGUAACCAAGUGUUUUGACCAAGGAUGUUCUGCACUUUCAUUGCAGUCAGUGUGUCAUAGGCUUAGAAAAAAAUAUAAAUCUCAAGUGCACAGACAUAAGGAAUGUUAGUCACUUCUGUAAGUUGCUCUGGAUAAGAACGUCUGCUAAAUGACUAAAAUGUAAAUGUGAUGUGUUUCAGUAGUUGUAGUAGCUGGGAAGAUACAGUGGGGAGAACAAGUAUUUGAUACACUGCCGAUUUUGCAGGUUUUCCUACUUACAAAGCAUGUAGAGGUCUGUAAUUUUUAUCAUAGGUACACUUCAACUGUGAGAGACAGAAUCUAAAACAAAAAUCCAGAAAAUCACAUUGUAUGAUUUUUAAGUAAUUAAUUUGCAUUUUAUUGCAUGACAUAAGUAUUUGAUCACCUACCAACCAGUAAGAAUUCCAGCUCUCACAGACCUGUUAGUUUUUCUUCAAGAAGCCCUCCUGUUCUCCACUCAUUUCCUGUAUUAACUGCACCUGUUUGAACUCGUUACCUGUAUAAAAUACACCUGUCCACACACUCAAUCAAACGGACUCCAACCUCUCCACAAUGGCCAAGACCAGAGAGCUGUGUAAGAACAUCAGGGAUAAAAUUGUAGACCUGCACAAGGCUGGGAUGAGCUACAGGACAAUAGGCAAGCAGCUUGGUGAGAAGGCAACAACUGUUGGCGCAAUUAUUAGAAAAUGGAACAAGUUCAAGAUGAUGGUCAAUCACCCUCGGUCUGGGGCUCCAUGCAAGAUCUCACCACGUGGGGCAUCAAUGAUCAUGAGGAAGGUGAGGGAUCAGCCCAGAACUACACGCCAGGACCUGGUCAAUGACCUGAAGAGAGCUGGGACCACAGUCUCAAAGAAAACCAUUAGUAACACACUACGCCGUCAUGGAUUAAAAUCCUGCAGCGCACGCAAGGUCCCCCUGCUCAAGCCAGCGCAUGUCCAGGCCCGUCUGAAGUUUGGCAAUGACCAUAUGGAUGAUCCAGAGGAGGAAUGGGAGAAGGUCAUGUGGUCUGAUGAGACAAAAAUAGAGCUUUUUGGUCUAAACUCCACUCGCCGUGUUUGGAGGAAGAAGAAGGAUGAGUACAACCCCAAGAACACUAUCCCAACCGUGAAGCAUGGAGGUGGAAACAUCAUUCUUUGGGGAUGCUUUUCUGCAAAGGGGACAGGACGACUGCACCGUAUUGAGGGGAGGAUGGAUGGGGCCAUGUAUCGCAAGAUCUUGGCCAACAACAUCCUUCCCUCAGUAAGAGCACUGAAGAUGGAUCGUGGCUGGGUCUUCCAGCAUGACAACGACCCGAAACACACAGCCAGGGCAACUAAGGAGUGGCUCCGUAAGAAGCAUCUCAAGGUCCUGGAGUGGCCUAGCCAGUCUCCAGACCUGAACCCAAUAGAAAAUGUUUGGAGGGAGCUGAAAGUCUGUAUUGCCCUGCGACAGCCCCGAAACCUGAAGGAUCUGGAGAAGGUCUGUAUGGAGGAGUGGGCCAAAAUCCCUGCUGCAGUGUGUGCAAACCUGGUCAAGACCUACAGGAAACGUAUGAUCUCUGUAAUUGCAAACACAGGUUUCUGUACCAAAUAUUUAGUUCUGCUUUUCUGAUGUACCAAAUACUUAUGUCAUGCAAUAAAAUGCAAAUUAAUUACUUAAAAAAUCAUACAAUGUUAUUUUCUGGAUUUUUGUUUGUAAGCUUUGUAAGUAGGAAAACCUGGAAAAUCGGCAGUGUAUCAAAUACUUGUUCUCCCCACUGUAUGUUGUUAGACCAGAUAGCUUACACUCUACAAAGAUGCUCUACGCAACACUUAAAUCAUUCAAUCUUAAUUCAGUAUUAGUUUUAGAUUAGUGAGUGGUUGGCUUGCCAGGAAAGGGAUGGGUUCUAAUAGGGUUGAGAUUAGGGAGAAUGGAGCUGUUCUUUGUUCCUGCUGUCCUCCUGGGAGAGCCCUCGCCAACAGCUGAUGGAACAUACCCCAACAGUGACACAGCCUCUACCUUCCCACCCCUGGCCUCUCAAUGGGGACUCUGUCUACCUCUCCCCCUCAUCAGUCUACUGCUCUAUAGCCGUGGCCAGGUUGACAUUUCAGAAACAAUUGUCAUGGGUUAUAUGGCUAAAUAAUAUGCAUUCGCAGGAACUUUAGAGGGCUCGUUUGGAAUAUGCAACAGACACAUAGCCUAGUUUUGGCAUUUGUGUACAAUGUGACUGUAUUGUUUUGUAGUCGUUCAUCCGUUUACUGACCCUAUGUUUUUCCUCCAUCAUUGAGAUUUCAAUCAGGCAGUAUUUUCCUAUCUGUUAUGGCUAUGUCAAUAUAUGUUAAGUAUAUGGCACAGCAUUCAGUGGUGCGUAAUUUACAACAGUUCAUGUUUGGUCAUGAAUUACAGUAGGCUAGUACUGUAGUGCAUAUAACAUGUAAACUUAUACUGGGGGCUGAUGCAAAGCUGCACAGGAAAGAUAACUGAUGAUGUAUUGAUGCUCUUCAAAGGUACUUUAUUGAACCAAAAUUAAAACGGCUGAUUUUUAUUUUAUUAGGUUCUCUUGUAGACCUCAUUCGGACUAAUCUUCCAAGAGGUGACAAACUUUAGUACUUAGACUCUAUCUGAACUAGAUUGAAGGCAACAGUGACACAGAGACUUGGGGAAAACAGAUAGCAAGUUUGUACUGUAAAGGAUAGGCUGCAUAUUCAGUUCAGGGUCUGCCAAACAAAGGGUCAGCCCCACUGGCCCACCAAAUUACUUUUUGGUCACUGAGCUAUUUUAAGCCAGAUCAUUGUUGUAGUUUGUUCAACACAUAAUGAAGUGUGUUGUAUUUGUAAAUAGGUGAAAUGACUGACUCCUCUGCUGUGUGUUUCAGGUAAGCCGGAGCUGAGGACUGCGGUGGAAGUCAUCGUGGCUGAUGUGGGAGAGCCUGAUUCUCUGGCUGCCAUGUGCAAACAGGCUGUUAUUGUUCUCAACUGUGUGGGGCCAGUAAGUACUGACUGUGGAGAUGCCACACACACACUGUAAAUACUGCAGAGACACAAUGAGUCUGAUUGUCAGAAAUGAAGAGGGAUAUCAGUGCUGCCUCUUCCAUUGUGUUAGAAUUCAGAUAUUAUUAUGGAAGAGUGUUUUGAUGUCAGUCCUGAUCACCACUCUGCCCUCCUGUUGUGCCAUGGGGCUGCAGAUAGUGGUCUGAUUGUAGUGAGGACAUGACCUCGCAGCUUGUGAAACACCUGCAAUGAUGAUGGUGGCGAUCACCAGUGCACCUUGUACUGUAGGUCAGCACACAUACACACACACACACACACACACACACACACACACACACACACACACACACACACGAUUAGCCAGUCCAGAGAAAAUGGAUACCUGUGACUAACAUGAGGUGGCAUGGUCCAGCAGUGACCACAGGGAUUGGACUGCUGAGGACUGGGGUAAAGUCAUUUUUGGGUCCAUGGCCAGGAAACUCCCCAGACCUUAAUCCCAUUGAGAACUUGUGGUCAAUCCUCAAGAGGCGGGUGGACAAACAAAACCCCACAAAUUCUGACAAACUCCAAGCAUUGAUUCUGCAAGAAUGGGCUGCCAUCAGUCAGGAUGUGGCCCAGAAGUUAAUUGACAGCAUGCCAGGGCGGAUUGCAGAGGUCUUGAAAAAGAAGGGUCAACACUGCAAAUAUUGACUUUUUGCAUAAACUUAAUGUAAUUGUCAAUAAAAUCCAUUGACACUUAUGGAAUGCUUGUAAUUAUACUUCAGUAUACCAUAGUAACAUCUGACAAAAAUAUCUAAAACCACUGAAGCAGCAAACUUUGUGAAGACCAAUACUUGUGUCAUUCUCAAAACUUUUGACCACAACUGUACAGUGAAAUGCUUACUUACAAGCCCUUAACCAACAAUGCAGUUUUAAGAAAAAUAAGUGUUAAGUAAAAAAGAGAUGGUUAUCCUUCUGGAAGGUUCUCCCAUCUCCACAGAGGAACUCUGGAGCUCUGUCAGAGUGACCAUCGGGUUCUUGGUCAUCUCCCUGACCAAGGCCCUUCUUCACCGAUUGCUUAGUUUGGCUGGGCGGCCUGCUCUAGGAAGAGUCUUGGUGGUUCCAAACUUCUUCCAUUUUAAAAGUGAUGGAGGCCACUGUGUUCUUGGGAAUCUUCAAUGCUGCAGACAUUUUUUGGUACCCUUCCCCAGACACAAUCCUGUCUCGGAGUUCUACGGACAAUUCCUUCGACCUCAUGGCUUGGUUUUUGCUUUGACAUGCAUUGUCAACUGUGGGACUUUAUAUAGACAGGUGUGUGCCUUUCCAAAUCAUGUCCAAUCAAUUGAAUUUACCACAGGUGGACUCCAAUCAAGUUGUAGAAACAUCUCAAGGAUGAUCAAUGGAAACAGGAUGCACCUGAGCUCAAUUUCGAGUCUCAUAGCAAAGGGUCUGAGUACUUAUGUAAAUAAGGUAUUUCUGGUAUCUUUAAUAAAUGUGCAAAAAUGUAUAACCUGUUUUCGCUUAGUCAUUAUGGGGUAUUGUGUGUAGAUUGAUGAGGAAAAACAUUAAUUUAAUUCAUUUUAGAAUAAGGCUGUAACGUAACAAAAUGUGGAAAAAGUCAAGGGGUCUGAAUACUUUCCGAAUGCACUGUAUAUAUCAAAUUGUACUGUAGUGACAAACACUUUGGUGAGGUGUUUUUAUUAGUGCAUAUUUUAGAUGAUAAUACUGUGUGUGUGUGUGUGUGUGUGUGUGUGUGUGUGUGUGUGUAGUACAGGUUCUGGGGUGAGCCUGUGGUGAAGGCAUGCGUGGAGAACAGCGCACACUGCAUUGACAUUUGUGGAGAACCCCAGGUAAGACAACGCAACAACACACUCACCAGGCCUCAAUCCCUAAUCAACCCUGACCUCUACACCCUAUCACUCCUGUAGAUCGGACAGGACUUGGCAGGUGGAAGCUAUAUCACAUACACACACACCACUAGGUUAAAUGGGAAGGCUGCUGGACACCAUGCUGUCCUCUAUUAAAUCCUUAAUUACUGGCUUCAGCCUACCCUGCCUGUUUACUCCACAGCAUGAAUAAAAUCACAUGCUCUACCACUGCAACAGCCCAACACAGAGACGUGUGUGUGUGUGUAGUUCCUAGAGAGUAUGCAGUUGAACUACAACAGCCAGGCAGCUGAUAAGGGAGUGUACAUCGUGGGGGCUUGUGGCUUUGACUCCAUACCUGCAGACAUGGGAGUCCUCUACACCAGGGACCAAUUCAAAGGUGUGUGUGUCCCUGAGAUUAGUUUACUUUAGCUGUUUGUGAAUGUGUGUGCUCUCCAUUGUGUGUGUUUGUGUGUCACAUUUGUGUAUCUCGUCACAGGGACACUUACAGCUGUGGAGAGCUUCCUGACAGCCAGCACAGGACCUGAGGUAAGACUCCAUUACCCAUAAACCCUCACACUGCCCCGGCAUCAUCUUUGUCCUGUAAAGGGUUCAUCCUUGUAAUCCCUGCCUCAUCCUUGUAUCUAAUAAUGUUGUUGAUAUUCGGUUGUCUCUCUGUCUGUCUUAGGGUGGUUCUAUCAAUGACGGUACAUGGAAGUCGGCCAUCUAUGGUUUUGCUGACAGCGGGAAGCUGCGGAGCCUCAGGAAGAAGUUUGGACACAAACCUCUCCCUGUGGUUGGCUCAAAGAUCAAACGCAGGUACAGGGAGCUGUGUGUGUUUGCGCGAGCAUAUGUGUGUAUGUUGGAUAACGUUACUUUCUAUUGUGUAUGUAGGAGUGCCCUGUUCUACAGUAAUGAGGUUCAGCAGUAUGCAGUCCCGUUCAUGGGAGCCGACCCCUCGGUGGUGAAGAGAUCUCAACGCUUUCUACUGGAGGAACACCAGGAAACACCUGUAGGUCACCCCAAUACAGUACAUACAUUCACACACUGACACGGAUCAACGUGUAUUCUCGUUGUCAUGAGAACAGUGUAAUGUGAUCUGGGCGAUCUGCCAUUUUGUGUUGUGGCUCUAAUGUCCAAACUUAGUUUUGAAAUGGAAUGUGUCCUAAUAACUGCUCUCAGAUGUCCUCGUGUGGACAGAGUAGCAGAGUAAUGACUUGUAUACUGUGUGCUACAAACUUCGUUACAAGGGAUAAUUGAGUACAUUUUGUUUAUGUAAGCCUUAUUUAUGUUUAACAUUUGUAAGGUUGAGACAUGGGGCCUGUUUAAGAAGUCCAUGUUUAAGAACCUCGCCUGAAUACCAAAUCACCCCCUUCCCCUCGCCCCUCCAUUUGCACAUUCACGAGAGCCUCUGCCAUAUGCACAACUAUCCCGAAGCUGAGGGAGGGAAAAUGAUUGAGGGUGUAGAGCACAUGUCAAACCCAUUCCACAGAGGGGCCGAGUGUCUGGGGGUUUUCUCUCCUCCCUUGUACUUGAUUGAUGAAUUAAGGUCACUAAUUAGUAAGGAACUCCUCUCACCUGGUUGUUUAGGUCUUAAUUGAAAGGAAAAAACAAAAACCUGCAGACACUCAACCCUCCGUGGAAUGAGUUUGACACCCAUGGUGUAGUGGCAAAUGAAACCUUCCGAUAGUCACUUCGGCCAAGCCAGCAAGGUUGUAGGCUCAAGAGCAAAGUGCUAUCCCGACAUGCACCGCGAUAUGUUUGGCAUUUGCGCAAUUUAAUACAAAAGAAUGGAGAGGUGUGCCUAAUUAUAUGCCACGUGCAUUUGUUUGUCUGAUUUCGAGGCUUGACACAUGUAACAAAUGAAAUGUCUCCCAAAUUAAAGGUUUAACUGUUAAUGAGGUUUAUAUCUUGUAAAACAACAGGGGGCUUUGUUCAUUUGAAUUUCAUGCUCGUUUUAUUAUUUAAAUAAACGAUUGUGUCCCGAAGUUGGUUUAUUGAUCCCCUUGCCACUCUCUGGAAGUCACCCUCAGUUUCGUCAGCAACAUGUGACAAUGGAGCGCCCUUCGAGUGAGUUGGUAGGGGCGAGGGGUGGUUUGGGAUUCACCGCUCCUGUGUGGGAGAGACUUCUGUUUGACCUUUGUGUGACCCCAGGUCCAGUAUGGUGCGUAUGCAGGAGUAGGAGGCGUGGCCAACAUCGUCAAGAUGCUAUUUGCCGGGAUGAUGUUCUGGUUCCUGGUCAAAUUCGACUUCGGGCGAAACCUGCUGAUUAAGGUAAACUAGGACACACUGACAGACACAUUGUUAUAGACAGACACACACACACACACACACACACAAGGAAAACCUCUAUUCUUCUCAUGUUCUUUCUCUUUCUCUUCUGUAUUUAGUUUCCAGAGUUUUUCUCCUUUGGUUUCUUCUCCAAGGAUGGACCAACCAGAAAGCAGGUACAGUUUUAUGUAUCUCUCGAGACCUGUGUAUUGUUAAUGUAUGAGUAACAUCUACUGGUAUGUUGAGCUUUCAUUUGUUUUUGAAAUUGCCAGUGAUUGGUGUGUUUGUGUGUCACUCAACUGGAGGGUUGGUCCUUCUAGUCAGUGGUUGGUGUGUUUGUGUGUCUCUCAGAUGGAGGGUUCGUCUUUCCAGUUUGCAUUCUAUGGAGAGGGCUACACUGAGGGACAGGACCCCAGCCAGGGACGACCCAACGCUAAGAUCCGCACACUAGUCCAAGGACCAGGUACUUAAACACACACACUCCCUAACCUCUGCUGCACAAACACACUAGUCCAAGGACUAUUUAUUAACCCCUACUCCACCUAACCUGCGGCUGCUGCUGGGGUUAACACAAUGCUUCUCUCCCUGUUUCAGAGGCAGGCUACGUGGCCACGCCCAUCGCCAUGGUACAGGCUGCUAUCACCAUCCUGAACGAACCCACAGCCCUCCCCAAGAAGUGAGUUACACACACACACACACACACACACACACACACACAACCAGGGAUACUGUAUUACAUCUGAUGCAUUUUCUUUCUCUCUGUCCCUCUCUCCCUCUGUCUCUUUUUUAGGGGUGGUGUGUACACCCCAGGAGCAACCUUUGCCAGAACCACGCUGGUGGAGCGCCUGAACAAACAUGGCAUCCAUUUCUCUGUCAUCUAA